GAGUGACCAGCAGCUGGACUGUGCCUUGGAUUUGAUGAGGCGACUCCCUCCCCAACAGAUCGAGAAGAACCUCAGCGACCUCAUCGAUCUGGUACCCAAUCUGUGUGAAGACCUCCUGUCCUCCGUGGAUCAGCCGCUAAAGAUUGCUCGGGACAAGGUGGUGGGGAAGGACUACUUACUGUGCGACUACAACAGAGAUGGCGAUUCCUACAGGUCACCGUGGAGCAAUAAGUACGACCCGCCCUUGGAAGAUGGAGCCAUGCCGUCCGCUCGUCUACGCAAGCUGGAGAUCGAGGCCAACAAUGCCUUCGACCAGUACCGGGACCUGUAUUUUGAAGGAGGCGUGUCCUCUGUGUACCUCUGGGAUCUGGACCACGGAUUCGCCGGAGUGAUCCUCAUUAAGAAAGCUGGAGACGGCUCCAAGAAGAUCAAAGGCUGCUGGGACUCCAUCCACGUGGUGGAAGUACAGGAGAAGUCAAGCGGCCGCACCGCCCAUUACAAACUGACCUCUACUGUGAUGCUGUGGCUGCAGACCAACAAGACCGGGUCAGGUACUAUGAACCUCGGGGGAAGUCUCACCCGACAGAUGGAGAAAGAUGAAACUGUGAGCGACUCUUCCCCGCACAUAGCAAAUAUCGGACGGCUGGUAGAGGACAUGGAGAACAAAAUCAGGAGCACCCUGAACGAGAUCUACUUUGGAAAGACCAAGGACAUAGUCAACGGGUUGAGGUCCGUUCAGACGUUUGCAGACAAGUCAAAACAGGAGGCUUUGAAGAACGACUUAGUGGAGGCUUUGAAGAGAAAACAGCAAAGUUAA